AUGGAUAAGGAACCUCUUGAUGUUCAGUGUGGGCCAUGCCAGAAGGAACGCAUUAGUGUCAAGGCCACACUUCUAUGUGUAACGUGUAAGGAACCAUUCUGUAACAACUGUACCAAGCUUCACCGUGCCCAGCCCUGGGCACAGAAACAUUCGUACAUGUCUCUCACUGACGAAACCAAGGACAGCAUCAAGUCCGUGCUGUCCUCUCAAGUAAGUCAGGUAAGGCAGAAAGCCAAAAACAAAAAGCACCGCUGGAACAAGGAUGUCGGGGACAAGUCGUCCUAUAUGGAGGAUCUGCAACAACAGCACGACCACAAUCAGAUGGAGAUGGAAAACGAAGUGUUUUGUGAACAACAUCAAGCCAUUCUUUGUGAUCUGUGUAAAGCAAGGAAUCACAAAAAUUGUGUCAACUUUAUUCCGAUUGUUGAUGUUGCCAAUGACAAGAAAAGCUCGCGAGACCUUAUCGAUCUUAUUGCUGCGCUGAAGAAAUGUCACAUGUUUGCAGAUCUUAUGUACCAAGAUCGCGUUAAAGAAACGGAUAUCCUGGAGAAAAAACGAGAAGUGAUCUUACCUCAACUAAUGACAGAGAGAAAAAGUUCUGGCGAAGAGGCAAAUGAUAUUGACAAAAAUGUUUUGUCGGAAUUCGAAAGCAUGCACAAAAGUAAUAUGAAAAAGCUUUCGCAAGAAAAGGAAAGACUUGCAAAUCUAAAAAAGAUGACAAAAGCAGAUGCCGAGGAAAUGAGAGAAAUAUUCAAAGAUGACUCCCAAGUAUCGCCUGCCCAUUUCGUUAAGGUGUAUCUACGAAUAAGUAACAAACGGACAAUAUAUGAACGAUUUCUCAAGGAAAUAUAUGACGACAUACAGAAUCACGAUUAUGAAUUGAUUUUGAAACAAAAUCAGAUUCGAUGA